AUGACCUAUGGGAUGUGGUGGACGAGGAGGAGUAUGAAUUGUGGAAGGAGAAGACCUGUCGUCGAUCAACAUCCCAUCACCGAUCUUCGGGUGCAAGUCCCCUUCCUUCUACCCGGUCCCACCAAGCAUCACGCUUUGCAGAAUCGAGACAUCGUUCCCGACCUCUGUCGUCUCCCCAAUCACCACUCCGGUGGCGUGAUCGAGCAGCACCCCUUCCUCUAUUCGAGCGUCGGGGUGGAUGUCGACCCUUUGAAGCUCAAGAAACAGUGGAUGCAAAUGCCUCUUCUCGCCUUUUCUCGUAUUUUCGCCCAAAGAUCCUCGACGGCCACCGCCUCCUCCUCGAUUCGAUUGAGAGUCGGGGAUUGGGAUUGGGUCUGGAAAUUUUUAACGAGGGGCACGAGGGUGAGAUGCGAGAACAAGGAGUAA